AUGAGCCCUCCGCUCUGCGCGCUCAGCUGCCUCUGUCUCGCGCUCGACCUGCUGAUGCUGCACGCGGCGGCGGAGUACUCCUCCAGAAGCGACCUGGACUACGAGUUCGGGGACUACCGGGGCCGGUGGUGCAUCGACGACCACGGGUUUGUUUACGGGAUCGGAGAGGUAUAUUACCCGAGCUCCACGGCGUGUCCCUGCACGUGCACCGUCGACGGUCCCGUGUGCGUCCGACCCAUGUGUCCGCGCAUCCACCCCCGGUGCACGCGGAUGAUUUAUAGGGCGUGCUGUCCGGUGUGCGAGGCUAUGGCCAGGGUCUGUGUCUACGGGGGCAAAACGUACCGGCUCCUAGAGGAGUUCAGGUUGUCGAGAUGUGAGCGAUGUCGUUGCCAGGCCAACAGAGAGGUGUACUGCAGCAUUUCGGAAUGCCCUGCCCUCACUGCGUCAACCCCCACCUACGAACCCAACCACUGCUGCCCCAUCUGUAAGACUGGUCCUAACUGCUUCGCAGGGGACAGGGUGGUCCCAGCGGGGGAGCGUGUGAACAUCGACCAGCGGACGGUGUGUUACUGCACCUACCGGGACGGGACAUGGCACACACACCCCCAGGCCACCUGUGAGCAGCGCCCCCAGCCCAGCCCGACACCCAGCGCCCCAACUGAGCCCACCAGAGACGAUGAGCCCGGGGGGAGGAGGUUUAUUCCCAGACUGGGUCUGAUUCCAUGAAGUGGAGUGUUAACAUUAUUAUCUAUUACUUACAUCAGGAUAUACACCCUCACUCAAUCUGUACAUUAAUAUACCAACACAAUUAUUUAAGAACUGGAAGAACUGUGGGAUAACUGCAGGGAGGUGUUAAGCAUGAAGAAGGAACUUAUGAAAGGGGGGUGAAAAGUGGCAGGAAAAAUAUGGUUGAAAAAUGUUUGCAUGAAUUUUCAAAUGGACCAUUAGACAUUGUGUGCAAAGCCCAAACCCUCUUAAUAACUGUAGCUAUAUCUGAGUACAUUUAGAUAAAAUGAACCUCUGAUUUAACACAGACUAAAACAAAAGAAAGCCUCUCAUUUCCAGCCGAUGAGAAAAUCAAUUUUGCCAGCAGUGAAUGAAAAACUGUCCUGGCCGAUUUGAGCAGCUUUAGCUAGCUAGCUAACCAUAUUGUUCACUUUAACAACUCUUUAAUGUUUCCAGCUGUCCAGCAUUUUUUUUUACUGAUAACCAGGGUCCUGGAAAUGUAAGGGAUAGAUAAUAUUGUGCUAAAAUACUAGAGGUAACAAGACUGUCAAAUCUGACCAAAAAGAUCAGGAAAGCUGUUGAGCUGCUGUUAGCCUACACUUUGAUAUAGCAUCUAGCUACAAGGUGGGGGAAACAAUGUUAGAAAUGACCUGGCUUUGGAGAGUAACAGAUUACUAAAUAUCUUGUUUUUAAGUCAACAUUGUUCUACAUAAUACACUUAAGAAUGACUAUUUAUUGUAUUUAUUUGCAUUGCGUUUGCUAUUGGAGUAAUCUAAAAGGGACAGACCUUAAUCAGUUUACGAUCACUUCUAGUAAUACUUCAAAUGUAAUCAACAACUUCAUUCUAUGCAUAUUUUUAAGUAAUCUGUUAAUUGUAACCGAUUGCAUUUGAAAUGUAAUCACCCCAAGCCUGAAACUGGAUGUUUUUUUUACAUAUCCUUGUGAAUGUAUAAAGUU